CAUACAAUCCACGCACACACACACACCAGAGGCACACGCAGGCAUACACACACACGCGCGCAUACACACGGACAAACUCGCGUAGGCGCGCGCGCGUAUAUAUUCACCCGCGCGCACGGUGCGUGUGACACGUGUACAACGCACGCGGACAGCAGCACGCGGCCACGGCUGUUCCGCACACACGCACACACACCACGGCAGGCACAUCUCGUGCUGCCGGUAGAGGGCCCAGCAGCAAAUGAUGCCGGAACGCACGCGAGCAGUGACGACCGCUGCUCCAUGCGCCACGUAAACGCAGCGACACCAGCAACAGCAGCAAGCAGCUGUUACAACAGCGAUCACAGCAACAGCAGCCACAGCCACAACCACCAACUACGGCUAUCAUCAGCAAGCAGCGCCCACCGUAUAGCCAGCCCUCCGUGUCGAACUUGCCACAUGUGCAGCGAAAGUGCUGCGGGCGAUGAGCCAGCCGGCGGCAACAGUUUUAUUACGGCCUAGAGCGAGCGUGCGUAACAAGUUGUGCGUGGCGACUGCGCACAAUUCACAACAAUUCACAUCGACGGCAGCGGCGGCGGCGGGCGACGAAGAGUGUGACAUUAGCGCGCGCUGUUAAAGCCCUUUCGUCUUGCUCGUCAUGGAAGAGGAGAAAAGGGCCCCGCCACUGGAGCAAGACGGCCAGGUCGCAGCCAAGGAAGGAGGAGGUGGUGGUGGUGGCGGCGCUCCAGCGCACGUGGCGGCCGCGGUUCCCGUGCUGCGCCUGUGCGUGCUGGUGGCCGCCACGGGCAUUGGGGGCAGCUUCCAGUACGGCUUCAACAUCUCCGUCAUCAGCGCACCCACGGCCCACAUCCAGCGCUUCAUCAACACGACGUGCGAGCAGCGCUACGGCGCAGGCCUUGACCAGCACGUGCUCACGUUGCUCUGGUCGACCGUCGUCUCCGUGUUCACGCUCGGCGGGUGCCUCGGCGCUCUGCUCGCGGGGCCCCUCGCCAUCCGCCUGGGCAGGAAGGGUGCCCUGCUGUUCAACAAUGGCUUUGCGGUGCUGGCCGCGGUGCUGAUGGGCGUGAGCCGUCCCGCGACCUCCUUUGAGCUCAUAAUCAUCGGCAGGCUCCUCAUCGGCAUCAACUGCGGAGUGGGCCUGAGCCUGCAGCCCAUGUUCCUGGGGGAGUCGGCCCCCCAGCACCUGCGUGGAAUCAUGGCGAUGGGCGGCAUCCUCUUCCUGCCCUUCGGCAUCGUCAGCGGACAGAUCAUGGGGCUACGGGAGCUGAUGGGCGAGGAGGAGAUGUGGCCCUUCCUGCUGGCACUGACGGUGGUACCGGCGCUGGUGCAGCUCGCCGUGCUGCCCCUGCUCCCCGAGAGCCCGCGCUUCCUGCUCAUCGACCGCGACGACCGCAAGCGCUGCCUCAAAGCCCUGCAGUGGCUGCGCGGGGCGGGUGACGUCACGGACGAGAUGGCGGAGAUGAGGGCCGAGCACGCGAAGCUGCAGGGUCAGAAGAAGAAGAUGCCGCUGGACCUGCUGCGUGACCCCUCGCAACGGUGGCAGCUCAUCACCGUCGUGGUCAUGGGUGCCGGGCAGCAGCUGUGCGGACUCGACGUGAUCUACUCCUACUCCACGUACAUUUUCGAAGCGUCAGGCGUUGCCCACGACAAGAUCACCUACGUCACCAUCGGCACGGGCGUGUGCGAGAUGUUCACCGUGUUCGUCAGCGGGUACUUCAUCGAGCGCGCCGGAAGGCGACCGCUGCUCAUCGGCGGCUACGUGAUGAUGUCGGUGGUGUGCGUCGUGAUGACCGUGUCGCUGCACCUCCAGGACUCCGUGGAGUGGAUGCCGUACCUCAGCGCCACAUGCGUGUUCGGCUACAUCCUCAGCUUUGGCAUCGGCCCAGGUGGCGUGACGGGAAUGAUGGCGGCGGAGUUGUUCACGCAGGAAGCGCGCCCUGCCGCCUACAUGAUCAACGGCUCCUGCAACUGGAUCUUCCUCUUCUCCAUCGGCAUGGUGUUCCCCUUCAUGGUGAAAGAGCUGGGCUCCUUCUGCUUCCUCGUGUUCCUGGUGGACUGCGUGUGCUGCGCCAUCUACAUUUACUUCAUCCUCCCGGAGACGCGCAACAAGUCCUUCCUGGAAAUCUCGCAAGAAUUCGAGAAACGCAACGGUACGGCCGCCACCACCAAGCCUCCGCCGAGCAUCGAGCUCCUCGCGAUAUGAGGCAGCAGCACCGCCCCCGGUGCUGCCCUGCCCACAACCAGUCCUGCCCAUCACUACCACCACCAACACAGUCCUGCCACCACGACAUCGCCCAUCAGGGCACCACCACCACGGCACCGCCUCCACAGCUGCUUCCUUCUUUUGUCAUCCCCGACUUCGCCGCCGUCUGUCGACGGGAUUGUAAAGGCCACACAAGGGGGGCACCCCCUGCAUUCAGAACCUUUCAUCCCCGGUCCGCUUGAUUAUUGCGGAUACAUUUCAUGCUGCACGAAUCUUUGUCGAACCAGGUGAACGACUUCGCGUACGUCGAACAGAUAGAUGCAGAGAAGCUGCAUUUGGACGAAUGUUCGGUCAAUGAGAACCCUGGUCAUCGGCAACACUCUCUGCUUUUUUCCUCCUGUACAGAGCGAUGAAUCCCAGCGUCGCGCUCUUGUUUUAACACACGCUCUGUGUGUUGACUUUCAUGAAAGCUCUUAAAUGUUUUUUUAAAGCCCCUUUUUUUCUAUUUAGCUAAUGUUUACUUCGGUAGAGCGAAGUAAACACCCACCCACCCACCUCUCAUUCACACAGUGUUUGUUUUAAAUCGUGUCUUUUUGCUCGUCCCUCGUUUUUACUCGCUCUUAAGCGGACUUAAAUCCACAGGCAGCGGCGCCCGCCGCUAACGUUUCGUCCGUUCGGGGCACGCGCAAUUUUUAACGAAGGCGACACGGCACCGAUUAUAAUCCAUUACGAAAAAAAAAUCCCGCGUCGACUCAAGUGACGGCCGCCGCCACCACCUCAUCGUCGACCGUUGAAAUUGGCGUGAAACAAAAUUAUCAGAAAGUCAUCUCCUUGCCGGGUCGCCGAGCGGCGGGAGUGCCGGUUGCGCGAUCAGAGUUGCCCUGCCGAGCCUUGGACCGCCACCAUGGCCACGGUUGAUUAUUUUCGGCUGUCGUGCGCGAAUGUUUGUGUUUUUGUUUUGGGCUCUCCGUGGCUUCGAUGGGAAUGGGAGAAAGUUUUCCCGAUUUGGGACGUCAAAAAAAUACACGUGGUCUCCUGUACGUUCACACCUGUGCACACUUCUGUGCAAAAAGCACACCGUCUCAAGAUGAACAAGAUUCGGACACGGGCCCGAUUUCAUGGUGCACCGUUCUUCUAUUUUUUACUUUUCCCGCUUGCGAAGAAAGUCGUCAUCUCGAUUCCACGAUCGACCGAUUCCGCAAAGAGGAUCGUUUUCUCGAGAGAAGAAAAGAAAAUGGAAAGCGCGUUCUGCUGUAGGAGCCCCCCACAGGAUUGUGACGGAGAACUUUCUGCGAUUUUAUUUUUUUUGUCCAUCACGACUCGGGCCUUGGCAUCGCGGCCUGUGACACUUGGCGGAUUCGCUCGCCGGUUUUCCCCGCGCGAGGGGCCCCUGACACCGUCCGGCGCGCGUUCGGAAACUGGUGUGCCGCGAAAAUAGAAAAUAUUCCCAAAGUUCCCGGGGCGCCGCUGCGCCUGUGGGUGGCCGGUGUGGGGGGCCUCCAUCUCUCGUGCGAACAGAGUGCCGAUGAUGCUGAUAGCGAUGAUGAUGAUGAUCAUUUUUGCGAUGCUCAUGGUAAUGAUGCUAAUAUUAUGGUGAUCAUCAUGAUGAUUUUAAUAAUGGUGAAGGUAAUCAUAUUGAUGAUUAUGAUAGGGCACAGUUAUUUUAAUAACAGUGAUUAUGGUAAUUUUAAUGACGAUCGCGAUAUGUUGAACGUACAUAUGAUGUAGUUUGUGCGCGCGUGUGUGUGUAUGUGUGCGCGUGACGUCAGGUUCGCACUCUACAAUACUGGCGAUCUAGCUUGGAUAUCAUGCGCACAAGUGGCAAGUGGUAUCUGAACCUGUCCCGUGCCUCCACUAGGUCGAAUUAGCCCUAAAUGAGUAACUGGGUGCCGUGUGUGUAUACAUGGGCACCGGAGAGACAGAGGCGGCCAGCUGAGAUGCCUCCCUAAGUGUUGCCUACGAGCACUUGCCGGCACUGCCCGUAAAGCUAUAUGAGGGGUCUUUAUGUGCAAGGGAGAUCGGUGUAACAAUUGUUGUACGAUCGAUCAGAAGGAAGCCAUGGCAUGGUGUGGUAUGUUGACCUGUAAAUUGAUUUAACCUCUUGUCGUUGACCUCAAUAAUGUCAAGUACAGAAACUGUAGGCUUUGGGUUCACACGUGUGAGAGACAGGAUAUUGUGGGGUCUCCAAGCCCCUCCAUUGGUUGCAAGUAGAGAAAGAGAGUAACACCGAUUCGUCAAUCAAUACCGAUUCAUAAGUUCACGAUACGCGCAUAGAAUCACCCGUGUAAAGAAUUCCUUUUGCGAGUUGCUGCGUUUCAUCCUGUGCGUCCAUGAGUUCACGUGACAACUGCAGCUUGCAAGAAAAGGCUUGCAACCAUUACACCAGUGUUAAAAAAGCUGUUCUUGAAUAUUUUAAAUCGAAUCGCGAUCGGGAAUCUUUGACAAUCGCGAGGGGGGUGGGGGGGAUGGUAGUUAUUCCACCCAUGUACAGGGUGCUUCAAAAAAUGUUUUCCACUUUCUGAGGAUUUGCAACAACACCUCAAGAAAGUUGCUGCCUCCGUGCUCUGGAGACCACCUGGAGAAGAUUCCAGGCAAUGCGUUGACAAUGAAGGCGAAACAAGUGGACAAUCUCUGAACUUUGAAGCUAUUAACAUCACAUUCGUUAUGAAGUUGCAGUGUAGUACUGUAUUUUCCUUUCCCCCCCCCCCCCCCCGCUUAAAAACGAUAGUCCCAUAUAAGUGUUAAAACAUGUUUGAACCACCCUGUGGAUGUAUCCAGCGCUCUGCGCCCAACUGUGUGUGUGUGGCUGUUAUGGGUCUGCAGCGGGCAAGACCGACAGAUCGCUGAGCGCACGUGGUGUCAGACGGCUCGGAGCCCGAUUGGCCGGCUCUGUUCCAUUGGGCUGGGGGUGGGGGCCUUGCCUCGUGACGUCACAUCACCCGCGGUGCAAUUGUGCUUUUGCUCCUCCUCUCGCUCGUGAUUGGCUGAGCCUCCCCACUAAAAUUGUUUUGGCUGCAACAACAAUUUCCACCAGUGGUAAAAAAAACCGAUCCGGGACUGGGGCCUGAUCAUCGUCAAACAACGCACGAAUGGCAGGUUGUACGUGCGCCGUACGACAUCGGUGCUUAUGCGGGCGUGGGCGAAAGACAUUGCCAUACUCGUGUAAGAAAUGUCGCGACAAAGCGCGUGUUUGCCAACACAGGGGGAGAGCCAACCUCACCGCUGCACUUGAGGGGGGGCGGUGUGUUCGUCUGUCUGGAUUGUAAUGGGACGAAACUUUGAACAGUGUUCUAUAUACUCUUUGGGACUUUCGGUAAAGUCACGUAGAUAGAAUAAGAAAAAUAAUAUAUAUAUUCAAGGCGUUGAGUGCGGGGGGGGGGGGUUGUGGAUAUUUUUGCUGACCCCAAACACCCUGACCUCGCCUCGGGUGACCUCGGAAGAGCCAAAAUAAAUCGCGCACGCAAUGCAACGGGUUUAAACUUUCGGCGUUGCUUGCUUACAGCAGUCGCUGAAGUAAGAGAGCUGAUUACAAGCAGUGUUGUUUCCCGUGCGCGUGUAUUUUUUUUUUACUAUUUAGGUCUUCAUAUUUAUCCGUGGCCAAAGUUGUGCAAGUUGGUAAAGAGACAGGGCUGACUUGCGUCCAGCUCCCAACUUCAAGGUCUUGUUUAUGGGUCAACUGCACCCUGGGUUCAUCAUCAUCAUCCGCACCAUCCUCAUGACCGUGACGCAUACACGUCAUUCACGAAUCGGUCGUCUAUGAGCAUCAAUAAAUCAUCCUUAUUCUCAUCAUCCGUUAAUCAUUAUCAUGAUCCAUAAUGAUCAAUUAUUAUCCAUAAUCACCAUCAAUCGAUCGUUCUUAUUGUCAUCACGAUCCAUGGGCAGAUGGCCCGUCGGUGUCCACUGUACAUGUCGCCAUUCGUUUCCACUUUCCUCUCGGUCUCGUGCCACGCUGCUCAAGUCGUGGCCACAUCUUUCUGGCACCAAUCUCGUCACGUCGUCGUCGUCGUCGCCAUUCUCUGUUAGGUCUCUUCCUCUCUACUCGGUGUCGUCCAUUGACAGCUGUCAUCAUCCCAUCAAUCAUCACCAUCGAAAGCCAUCACCGGUCAAACAUCCGUCCGUCCGUCCGUUCAUGGUCAUCGAUCAUUCCACCAUGGUGUGCACAGCAGGUACCGGCUGAAAAUGCUGCUGCGCUUCGCGAGGUCCCGUGCUCCUUUGGACCCCUCCCCACUGGUUCCACACCAACGGAGGAGGCUGAGGAGGUUGGAGGAGAAAAGGAGAGCAUCGCUUUAAAGCUUUCGUGACUGCAGGGAUUCAUCUUGUUGGUUCUUUCGGUAAAGUCACGUAGAA